AUGGGUCUUGUUGCAAGCGUUGUAGCCCCGACUGUUUCUAAUACUAUUAGUUCUCGAAUUCUUCUCGGUCCUGAGACUCCUGCUAAAGAUCCAAAGUCUGCGGAAAACGUCUCGAAAUUUGAUAAUCUAACCAGUCCGAUUUCUGGCGAAUUGGGACCUUCUCCUGGAAACAAACCGUCUCCAAAUCCACUGGCUGGAGCUCCGAUGAUUCGUCCGCCGAGGGAUACGAUAUCAAAAGCUCCUGAUAAUUCCGUUUACGACACUUUGUCAAUGACGCCAGAAAUGGAUUGGAACAAGAAACAAACGAUCAAAAGUAGCAACAAAUGA